AUGAAGAUGCAGUGCUCUGCAUAAUAUUCUCGGUACAGUUGUUCUGACAUAUUUCUCAAAUCACUCUAUCAAACCAGAUAAAUACACUUGUGUUUUAUAUUUUUAUAUCAAAGGACAUUUAGUGUCGCUCAGCAUUAUGAGUAAGAACAGUUCUUCUGAUCCUCCCAACAACACCCAGGGCUCAACCAACAAUGAAAAAGUCCCCCAGGAAAAGGUGGCGGACAAAACGGGAAAGCCCUCUACACAAGAGCCUGAAGAGGAGAUUGACAUCGAUCUGGAGGCUCCAGAGACAGCGAAAGCAGCUUUGGCAAUACAGAAUCAGUUCAGACGCUUUCAGAAGAAAAAGAAGUAGAAGAAGAAAGGAUGAAAAAGAGGAAUCAGUGUGGAGGACAAAAACGCCUUCCACAAUUUUCACUAUGGAGGGAAAGAGAGAGAGAGUUAAUAAGGCAGAGAUAAAGGACAGGGAAAAGUCAAGUGUGGGUGGGAAAUUAGGGGGUUUGGAAACAAAUGAUACCCCUUUGGCAUCAACAUGCUGGGCUGAUGAGAGAUAAGAAUAGGAAAGACAGGAUUUUCACUUUAAAAUACAUUGAAUCUUCUGUUCUUUGUGUUCAUCUCUCCGUUCCUCAUAAAUAUAGCUAGGAAUGUUGCGUUUUCUCUUGUGCAAUGCAUUUUCAAAGUAUUUAGUUUAUUGUAGUUACAACAAAGCAAAUUUAAGGGGGUGCAGUAAAUAACCCAAACAUGAAACAGUAUGUUAGUGUGAAUCAGUAUUAUUGAUUUGAAAUAGGUCACUUAGUCACUCAGCUCUUGUGUGUUUUCUUUAUAAAAUGAAGAGAAUAGUGCUUGUAACAGGAUAUUAUGUAUGUCAAUGGCAGAAGAUAACAAGAUAACUUGAUCCAAGAAAUUGUGCAAAUUUAAUUUUUUUGUCUUUUCACCAUGAGUUUAUUAUUUUAGCAAUAUCUUGGAUAUUUAUUAGGAAUGCACCAAUGCAACAUUUCUAACGAUAUUCGAUUACCUAGAAUUACUUUUACCGAUAAAUUGCUUUUAUAAAAUUAGCUCGAUUUACAAAAAAAUAUAGUGCAUCAUUUAUGCGUCCCUCUUUUUAAGCAAGUUUCAUUUUAAGCAAUUGCUUAAUUUUUUAAGCUUAAACUACUUAAAAUUCCAUGUAAAACUUACUUAAAAAUUGCAAUUACCUAAACUGCUUAAAAUUAUAUGUAAAACUUAGUUUAAAAAGUGGGUGCAAAAAUUAUGCUCUAUAUAUUAAAUCCAGCAUAUAAUUUUUUUCAGUGUACUCCGUGUUUCAAAUGAUUGCGUUGUGAAAUCCUAAAAGUGCAGUGUACAAACUGCAAUUCUGUUGUCAUUUUGACCCAAUGCAAAAUAAUCAAUCAAUAUGUAAUCUGCACCAAUCAAUCAGCUGAUAACCGACAAUGGAAAAAAAAUUGCUUUUAUCAAUACUAUUAAAGGCAGAUACAUUGGUGCACCCCUAAUUAUGCAUCUUGGACAGGGCUGUUUAGCUUUUAAAGUUUACUGCACUGUACAAUGUAAAUGUUUUAUAUUUGCAGCCUUCAAUUUUUAAGUAUAAUCAAAUUGGCAUUUCAACUUGCUAUUCUAAAUGUUGGCGAUAGUGAUGAGUUGCUGUAAAGUAUAAAAAAUGUAAUUGCUUAACUUACUUUGAUGAGAUCAUUUAAAUGAAGUUGAUUAAAUCAAGGAAAGUGUAACAUUU